GCGGGCUUACCCAGCAGGAAGUCGGGGUGGCGAUGGCUGUGUUGCCGGAGGAUCUGUAGUGGGGUUCCGGGCGGUAUCCCGGUUUUCUUUUCCCCCAGCCUUGUCCCGGACCCUAACCUGGUCCGGCAGACUUGGGGCGAGACGGCGGCGGCAACUCUCUCCUCGCCGCCAUGCACGACGCUUUCGAGCCAGUGCCGAUUCUAGAAAAGCUGCCUCUGCAGAUCGACUGUCUGGCUGCCUGGGAGGAAUGGCUUCUUGUGGGAACCAAGCAAGGACAUCUUCUUCUUUAUAGGAUUCGGAAGGACGUUGGUUGCAACAGGUUUGAAGUGACACUAGAGAAAUCCAAUAAGAACUUCUCCAAAAAGAUUCAGCAGAUCCAUGUGGUUUCCCAGUUUAAGAUUCUGGUCAGCUUAUUAGAAAAUAACAUUUAUGUCCAUGACCUGUUGACAUUUCAACAAAUCACCACAGUUUCAAAGGCAAAGGGAGCAUCACUGUUCACAUGUGACCUCCAGCACACAGAGACUGGUGAGGAGGUGUUGCGGAUGUGUGUGGCAGUGAAGAAGAAGCUGCAGCUCUAUUUCUGGAAGGACAGGGAGUUUCAUGAAUUGCAGGGGGACUUCAGUGUACCAGACGUGCCCAAGUCCAUGGCAUGGUGUGAAAAUUCUAUCUGUGUGGGUUUCAAGAGAGACUACUACCUAAUAAGGGUGGAUGGAAAGGGGUCCAUCAAAGAGCUCUUUCCAACAGGAAAACAGCUGGAGCCCUUAGUUGCACCUCUCGCAGAUGGAAAAGUAGCUGUGGGUCAGGAUGAUCUCACCGUGGUGCUCAACGAGGAGGGGAUUUGCACACAGAAAUGUGCCCUGAAUUGGACAGACAUACCAGUGGCCAUGGAGCACCAGCCUCCAUACAUCAUUGCAGUGUUGCCUCGUUAUGUGGAGAUCCGAACAUUUGAGCCGAGGCUUCUGGUCCAGAGCAUUGAAUUACAAAGGCCCCGUUUCAUUACCUCAGGAGGAUCAAACAUCAUUUAUGUGGCCAGCAAUCAUUUUGUUUGGAGACUCAUUCCUGUCCCCAUGGCAACCCAAAUCCAGCAGCUUCUCCAGGAUAAGCAGUUUGAAUUGGCUCUGCAGCUCGCCGAAAUGAAAGAUGAUUCCGACAGUGAAAAGCAGCAACAAAUCCAUCAUAUCAAGAAUUUGUAUGCCUUCAACCUCUUCUGCCAGAAGCGUUUUGAUGAGUCCAUGCAGGUCUUUGCUAAGCUUGGCACAGAUCCCACCCACGUGAUGGGCCUGUACCCCGACCUGCUGCCCACAGACUACAGGAAGCAGUUACAGUAUCCUAAUCCGUUGCCUGUGCUGUCCGGGGCUGAACUGGAGAAGGCUCACUUAGCUCUGAUUGACUACCUGACGCAGAAACGAAGUCAAUUGGUAAAGAAACUGAAUGACUCUGAUCACCAGUCUAGCACCUCCCCACUCAUGGAAGGCACUCCCACCAUCAAGUCCAAGAAGAAGCUCCUGCAAAUCAUUGACACUACCCUGCUCAAGUGCUACCUCCAUACAAAUGUGGCCCUGGUGGCCCCCUUGCUGCGCCUGGAGAACAAUCACUGCCACAUCGAGGAGAGCGAGCAUGUGCUGAAGAAGGCUCACAAGUACAGUGAGCUGAUCAUCCUGUAUGAGAAGAAGGGACUCCAUGAGAAAGCUCUGCAGGUGCUGGUGGACCAGUCCAAGAAAGCAAACUCCCCUCUCAAAGGCCACGAGAGGACAGUGCAGUAUCUGCAACAUCUGGGCACAGAAAAUCUGCAUUUGAUUUUUUCCUACUCAGUAUGGGUGCUGAGAGACUUCCCAGAAGAUGGCCUGAAGAUAUUUACUGAAGAUCUCCCAGAGGUGGAGGCUCUGCCACGCGAUCGAGUGCUCAGCUUCUUAAUAGAGAAUUUUAAAGGUCUGGCCGUUCCUUACUUGGAACAUAUUAUCCAUGUUUGGGAGGAGACGGGCUCUCGGUUCCACAACUGCCUGAUCCAGCUGUACUGUGAGAAGGUGCAAGGUCUGAUGAAGGAAUAUCUCCUAUCCUUCCCUGCAGGCAAAACUCUAGUCCCUGCCGGAGAAGAAGAGGGUGAACUAGGAGAGUACCGGCAGAAGCUCCUCAUGUUCUUGGAGAUUUCCAGCUACUAUGAUCCAGGACGACUCAUCUGUGAUUUUCCUUUUGAUGGCCUCUUAGAGGAACGAGCUCUCCUGUUGGGGCGUAUGGGGAAACACGAACAAGCACUCUUCAUUUAUGUCCACAUCUUGAAGGAUACAAGAAUGGCUGAGGAGUACUGCCACAAACACUAUGACCAAAACAAAGACGGCAAUAAAGAUGUAUAUCUGUCCCUGCUCCGGAUGUACCUGUCACCCCCCAGCAUUCACUGCCUGGGACCAAUCAAGCUGGAACUGCUGGAGCCACAAGCCAACCUCCAAGCUGCCCUGCAGGUCCUUGAACUGCACCACAGCAAACUGGAUACCACCAAGGCCCUCAAUCUUCUGCCAGCAAACACUCAGAUCAAUGAUAUACGCAUCUUUCUGGAAAAGGUCUUAGAAGAAAAUGCACAAAAGAAACGGUUCAAUCAAGUGCUCAAGAACCUUCUCCAUGCAGAGUUCCUGAGGGUCCAGGAAGAACGGAUUUUACACCAGCAGGUAAAGUGCAUCAUCACAGAGGAGAAGGUGUGCAUGGUGUGUAAGAAGAAGAUUGGGAACAGUGCAUUUGCAAGAUACCCCAAUGGAGUGGUUGUACACUACUUUUGUUCCAAAGAGGUAAACCCGGCUGAUACCUGAGGACAGGAUGACAUCCCCGGGAUUCAGCAAAUGGACAGCUUGACCCUCCUGGAGAGGUGAAGGAGCACCUGGCCUUAGGAAUCUGGGGCUGCUUCCACCAGGUGUCUCCCCAUUUGGACACUGCUGGCUACUUUGCGUCCUGGAACAUCUCUAAAUUGCCAGCUUUUUAAUAGGAAAAGAGAUUAGUUAUACCUUAUGCCAUUAUGUUGUGGGCAAGUCCAGAGAAUUCAGUGCCUGCUUGGACAGGAGGAGGUGCACCGUCUUGCCUUUGCAUACCAGUCACCUGAAUGAGGAACCUUGCUUGAGGCGAGUGUUUGUAACCAUGGAGUUGUUUAUCUAGGGUUUUUCUGUUAAGAUAAGUGCACAACUUCACAAAGACCCCCUCAGUGUGGCUGUCUAGAACUAUGACCGCAUAGACCCAAUGGCUCAUUUUCUGUGUACUGCCAGUUGUGUCUCCAUGGUAGCUGUGCCCUGUGUCCCCCAGUAGCUCCCCUGCUCCCCUGUUAGUUUUCAGUCUCCUUUUCUUUUUCCUAGUUUAUCAGUUCCCCCACUGCUCCUCCCCAGGCUUUCCUUCCUGCUUCUCAACUGUGAGAGUGACUAAUAUUUAAACAAGAUAAGAUGAGAAGCAAGAGGAAGUCUCAGUUCCUAGGAAUACAUUGACGGUUGAUCGUCAGGUAUGUUGUAAAUAGAUCUUUUCUGGCCGUAUACUUCAUGCCUAGAUGCCUGGGAGAGUACCAUUCUCUGCCUAGGUCAGGGUCUGUGCACCUCCCCUUGGGCCAAGUAUGACCGCAGCUCCUGAGGGUAGGCCAGCUCUGCCCAGGUAUGUGAUCUAGGCACACAUCCCCACAGAGGCACCUACUCCUUCUUCACUCAUAAGCUACUCGCACGGGUUGGCUUAGUGUUUGUAAGCAGAGUAUUUUGGGCACCUUUCCUUUUUCCAGCCAGUUUUAUUCACUUGCCUUACAGCUUGGCCUGGCCAUUGUUCCCAGCUUUGUUUUGCAGUGGUUGGAGGAUUGCGUCGGAAUCAUGUAGGGAGGUGGAUCUCUGCUAUAUGCAGAGAAUGAGCGGAUCAAUAGCUGACAGCGAUGUGAUGCCAGGUGUGCUUGUGAGGUGUUCAGGGACAACAGAAAGGACGCAGGAGGCAGGAACAGUGACAUGUGGGUUUAAAAAUAACUCACUGUCUAAUCAGCUAAGCUCUGCAGGGACCCUGCCAGAGGUGUGCAGGCUAGAGUUUCCACCUCUGGAGGCUGUGGACAUGGGGAGAGUGGUCCUGCAUUUUGUCCUCCUUGGAGAUUUUGCUGCCUUGAAGUCUUGUUGCCCCAGUGUCUUUAAUGGUAGUGAGGUUGGGUGACACUGCCCAACACUGACAGUUUUAGUGGCCUGUCCUUCACAUGCCAUGGUCCCUUGUAAACAGUGGCACAGUGCUGUGUGACAGGCCAACUUGCUGGUGGCAAGUAGAUGAGGCUCCCUGGGGGUCUGAAGAGACAGUGAGUGCUAUAGGCACCAUUCACAGACAUGGAGGUUCUGCUCUGGUUGUGAGACCGGGCAGUGCUUCAUGAGAGUUCCGUGGAGCAGUGUGUGGAGAGAGAAAAGUUCUGUCCCGAUGGCCUAUACCCAUCCACAAGAAGCAGUGCAGCCCAUGGUCCCUUCUAUAUUGACUUCCUCCAGGAACAGCAGGGAAGAUCCAGGCCACCCUCUGCUGCACAGCAGGGACUUGCCCCAUCGUGUGAGCCCUGCCCUCAUGGUCUGCUGUGCUUGUCUUUUCUGUUCUCACAAACUAUGUUUGAAGCAAUAGAAUAAAAAUUGUGUGUUUUCUUUCCCACUUGGUGUACAUACACAACCCCAUUUUCCCAAACUCCAUUCUUCCUUCCCUCUACUCUCCGCCCUCCACAGAGGUAUGGAGACAGCUGGAGAUGAAAGCUGUGCAAUGAGGAUUCAUGAGAUUCUUGACUGCUCCUCAUAAUAAACCUAAUAAAACAAGAAACCAA